AUGAGUCAUGGAUCACAAAUGCCGGGACAGUUGGAAGAUGAGAGCUAUGAUCUCACCCAAACCCCGGAGGAGAUUGGCCCCCUCCAGUCACUGAGUCCGAGACCGGCGCCCAAUACUCAAUGGAAAGCAUCGUCGCGGGAAAUAGAGGAGACUCUUGCUCAGGGUCUUUCCAAUGAAGAUCUAUGGAUGCUGAUCCGUCGGUUCGACAAGCAAAUUUACCAUGUGAAGGCGGUUCAUGAUACCGCUGCUCUGAACUUGGAUCUGAAUCGCACCGAAAAUGAACAGUUUCCACCCGAAAAGCUGCGCAUGACGCUUGAGAGAUUUUAUAUCUCGGUGGUGGUCGGUGUGACCGAAUUCUUCCGCCAUAUCACUCGUCUGCGAUCAUGGAAGGAACCAGCGAGAACAACACUAUUCUGCGCAGGUUAUUUCGUUGCUUGGGCCAUGGACCUCUUGGUUCCAAGUAUUUGCGGUCUUUUCGUAGCCUUGAUAAUGGCCCCGCCUGUUCGGCUGGUACUAUUCCCUGGCUUGGCAAAGACAGAAGGUUCAAAUAGAAGCAGUCCCGCUGAGGGGCAGGCUCACUCGGAGGAUAGCUUCACGGGCGCCCCGGAAAGUCACAAGGGUGAGGCCGCUGAACAAGAAGCCAAAAAUAUGGUCGACAGUUUUGCCACUGUUGCCAUGGAAAGCGCAGCGGCCAAGUAUGGCCAAACAGUUACAGAAGACACCCCCGACGGACCUGCGCUUCUUGAAAGCGUAGAAGCCGCCGGGGCUACAGCCGGGACCCCGACGGGGGAUCUCCCUGGAGAUAAGACUAAGAAGCCUAUGAAAAAGAAGGUAGCACACGCGACUGACAAUGUCAUGCGUAUUCUCAGCGAUAUUACUGAUAUCUAUGAGAAAUUUGCCAACAUCCUUUCUCCAACACCUCCGUUCUUUUUGGUUACAUCUCGACUCCGUCUUGCGAGCAUCUUUACCCUUGUGUCUGUCAUUGUACCUUUCACAUCGAGCUACUGGAUCAUCAAGAUCGUUGGUUUCGCACUUGGACUAGGCUUCUUCGGGGACCCAAUAUUUACCUACACCCUUGAUCUACUGAACAAUAAAGUACCAAACUGGAAAGAUCAUCUUGAUUUGCAGAAGACACUUUUGGCCGGCGUUCCCACCAACGCACAGCUCACUUUGACCCUGCUCCGAAUUGGCGAGAUCAAUUCUUCGCCACUACCACCAGCCCCUUCCCGUAAUGACGACGAGCCGGUAUGGCCCAUACGCCGCAAGAAAUCACAGGCAGCGAGCACUACCGACCUCAGUACGCAGGGAUCAUCUUUAGACCUCCGAUCGACCAACUCCACUACAUCGCUUUCGGAAACGAAGGUGCCGAAGAAGAAAUUUGUGUUCAGGCUCUUCAAGUUCUUCCGUCGCACAAUUGCGACGGCAAUCAAGGGUCAUAUUGCUUUUGACCGAGCCAUGGCCAUAGCAGGGUCAGCACAUACCAAGAAUCUGAUUGGAAUGCUGCAAAAUGGACACUUUGCUGCUGCCGCAACACAACUCGGGCCCUUGAAGUUCGAUGCAAAGUUCGAACGUAAGAGAGGUGCGGCGGUCAUUGACUCGUCGAAGGAGCCUCCUAUCUUAUAUUUCACUACAUAUGCAUCCGCCGGACUGGAUGAUCUACGCAUCGAAAGUAGGAAGAAGGGAUCUGUUCUGUUCCAGAUCCCUGUUACUGAAAUCAAAGAGCUGAAGAAGACAGAGGGGCUAGGAUGGAAGGGAAAGUUGAUAGUCGAACUGACGGCUGGGAGCAAGGAAGCUGCAGAUGGACUGGUUGUCAGCGGUGAUGAGGUAGGCCAGUCUUACCAUCUCACUGGUAUGAGGUCACGGAAUCAACUUUUCAAUCGGUUGAUUGCUAUUGAUGCACAGUUCUGGGAAAGUCGUUGA